AUGUCAAAUUCUAAUCAGCAAAGACUUUAUAAAAAAGAAAAUUAUUCUAUUUCACUUGAAAUAAUAUAUUAUGAUAACCAAAAAUUUGUUUAUAAUGUUAUUCAAGAAGGUAUCUACCUAUCGGCUAUGAAUUAUAUUGAAACACCUAAUUAUUUUCCUAUAUCUGAUAAUUAUAUUAUUAAAACUACCUGGAAUCAGGCUAAUAACAGCUUUUUUUCAGCUCAAUCACCAUUUAAUACUUCUGUUGAACUAUACAAAAUAGAAGAACUGCUGUUUUUGAGUUUAUUUUUUUGGACUUCAAUUAAAAAUAAUGCAUUAAUAGAAAUUGCAAAGGUUUGGAUGGCUUCUGAAGAAUGA